ACAACAGCAGGUAAGCGGGGCAAGGCCAGUCCAGAGGGCCCCAGAACUUGUUCAGACUAGCUGGAUUUGCAUGUCUCCUUGCUAAUAUAUGUCCACACAUCAGAAGAAAUGCAAACAUCACUGACAGAUAAGCAACAUGUCGGACACAGGCAAAAGACCGUACUAUGACUACAUAGUCAUUGGUUGUGGCGGCAUAGGAAGCGGAGCUGUCUACUGGCUCUCGAAGAGAUCAAGAUCUGUUUUGGGGCUAGAGCAGUUCAAGCUUGGUCAUGAUAAUGGAGGUUCGCAAGACCACUCACGGAUCAUCCGAUUGACAUACCAUGAGGACAAAUAUACCAGGCUGACUCCGCACACAUACCCAGCAUGGGAGACAAUAGAGAGGGAGUCCGGUCUCCAGGUGGUGUUCAAGACGCCGAGUCUCCAGCUGGCCAGGCGAGGCGAGGCAGACCACAUCAUGGACAUGUAUGCCCAAUCCAUGGACAGAACCAACAUCAAAUACGAGAAGCUGAACAACAGGCAGGUGAUGCAGCGGUAUCCGCAGUUCCGUGUUGGUCCUGACAUCGUGGGGCUCCUGCAAGAGAACGCUGGCAUCGUGGACGCUGCUCUGGCUAAUGCGGUCCACAUCCAAUUGGCCCGCGGGAAUGGCGCUACUAUCAUAGAAAAUUGUCCGGCUACGAGGAUAGGUCGAGCAAGCAACGGCAACGUUGUGGUAUACACAACGAAAGGAUCCUUCGAGUGCAAGAGGAUUAUUAUCACUGCCGGAGGCUGGCUCAACUCAGUGCUGGGAACCAUCGGCGUCCAUAUCCCCGUCACAGUCACCCAGGAGCAGGUGUCCUACCUCGGCACGCCCCACAUGAAAGACUUCACCAUAGAUAAGUUCCCUGUGUGGUAUUUCCAUCUCCCUACCUACGACAUCUACUCCCUCCCCAUCCACGGCAACACGGGGACGAAGAUCGGGAUCGAUGCAGGAGGCCCUGCCGUUACUGCCAACACCAGGACAUUUGACCCCGACCCUGCCAGAGAGAAAGUCUGCACUGACCUUGUAAAAGACAUCUGUCCAAAGUUUGACGGCCCUCUGCUCUACACCAAAACCUGCCUCUACACCAUGCCCCCCGACCGGAGCUUCGUCAUUGACACAUGCGCGUACAAGGGGUUCCAAGAUGUCAUUGUUUGCUGUGGGGCUGGACAUGCUUUCAAAUUUUCCAGCCUGCUGGGCAAGAUCCUCAGUGAGCUGGCAUUAGACGGCAAGACACAGUACCCUAUUGCGGACUUUAACAUCACCAGAGAUGCAAUUCAAAACCCGGAUACAAAGAACGUAUUCUACCUGGGGUCAGAUGUUGAGGCCAAACUUUAAGUCUUCAAGUCUUCACGUCUUCAAAUCUUCAGCCAUCCUGUCUACCCAUGGAGUAUAUGUGCUUAAGUGACAAUUGAAGUUUAUCAAAAUCAUUGUGUUAUGGUUUGCUGCCCGGAAUAUCAAAUCUAUACUAAUCUAGUAAAUAUGUACGAUGUAACCUUGACGUUUUCUUGCAUUUAUAAAUAUACGUAAAACAUGUACAUUGUGUAUAGUGUGUUGACAUCAUUGAUGUUUAAGCCCUUUGUCUUACCAUGUAAUAUAUUAAGGGUAAUAAAUAUGAACGAUCUUAAAAACC